AUGUCGAAGAAAACCACCGCGCCAUCGGGCGAAGCUACGUUAAACGCCGGCUACAAAGACGUGGAACUGGAUCAUAUUGUCAUGUCCUAUUGUAGGAAAAUGGGCUACUUGCAAAGUGUAGCCGCUCUCAAGGCUGAGGCCAAAGCAGCAGCAAGUCUUGAAAGUGCAACGUUUAGUGAUAUGGUUAAUAGUAAUGCAGAUGUGGCCGGCCAUGUGAUGAUGUUUAACGGGAACGAGAUCAAGUCGGAUAGCUACGAUCUGAGCUAUACGGCCCUGAAGGAGUGGAUUGGUAGCUCUUUACAAGCGUACAAGGUGUGGUAA